UGCGCGAGUAGAGCAAAAUAUCCAUUAAAAAGCAAUCAAUAUAUGGAAAAUAAAUGCCAGUCACCCAGCCCCAUUCGUCCUCAUCUCAUUUCAUCUAGUUAAGAGCCUCUGCCAGCCGCAUAAUCUGAAUUUAAUUUACCCCGCAAAAACACACAGCUAAACAGAAGGGCACGAAACGAAACCAAACGAAACGAACUGCUGGAAAUAAGGCAAACAAAAACUGAAAAAUGUCAAAAACGAAAAUGAACUUUCCCAGGGGUUUGCUGGGUGGGUGCUUCCUAGGCUGUAGUGUUGGCUUGCGAAUGAAUGCCCAUUAAGUAGCACACCCAUAGAAAAAGGACCAAGGAGCUCAAGCUCAAGGUGAGUUUGCCAGAGAGAGACGGGACAUUCGGGCGCUAUCGAGAGAGUGGAAGAGAGAGAGCAAGCCAGCCGAAAAUAUUCCACACUGCAGCUUCGUUGGAUGGCAGCAGCAUAAAGGAGGAGCCGACAUGCAACUUUUAAGGCAGGGAGAACUGACAGCUGGCACCAACUUAUAACUCAAAGUGCUAUGGCUCUGUGGGCCCCAAGCAGUUCCUUUCUUUUUGCACCACGAACAAGCAAAACACACACAUACAUACACAUAUAGAGAGGGUGACGGUGAAAAGAUACAAAACUUGGGAAACGAGAGCGAAAAAGAAAAGUUUCAGUUACGUGCUGUUGCUUUUAAUUGAAUUUUUUCCCACUGUAGCUCCUGACUGCUGUAGCUUUUCCCUAACUGGCCGCUGUGGGCAGCCAAUGGUCCAAUGGCCUGACCAAGCACAUCCGCCCGCCACUUCCGCCGGUGCCCCUUUUCCCGCUUUCACACUCUUCCCACUUUUCCGAGGCCCAUCGCCCAACCUACUGCCUCCUUAGCAUCAGCAGACUCUAGCUGGAGGGCAGAUUUCUUGUUAUUUCCAACGCGCAGCCAAGUCGCAAGUCCUUAAGCGUUUUAUUUUGCUUCACACUGAUUUGCAGGCAACGGAGGUGUCCUGAGGACCCAUCCUUGCCACCCCCUUUACACUUGAAACUAAAGAUGGGGAUUACCGUCAUCUAAAUACAAGUUAUGCGAUCAUAAGACAUAAUUAAUACUUGACCUUUCUCGGGAACUUUCAGACGCGGCAACUUUUAAAUUAGAAUUGCAUUUUAUGGUCGAACUUAGGUCUUAAAUAUUCAAUAUUUUAAUGGCAGUCUUUUAAAAUUAUAAUAAUGCUGUUGUGACAAUGUGAGAUGAUUCAACAGGCCGACUUUUCAAAUAAUUAUUUUUAGCUACUCUUCGGCGUGAAGAAACUUUUCCGGCAGUGCAGCUUUCCUCGAUUUGCUGCUGCCAGUUUUUAUGCAGCAAGUUUUUAAUUAAGAAGUUUCAAUUUAACAUUGCCCAUAGACUGCACUUCGCUCUCGAAAAGCGCAUUAUCAUAAUAAUUUACUUACUCACUUAGUUGGAGGCGGGGCACUUCAGAGCAUAAUCGUCGACGGGAUUUUUUUCGAGGCCGCUCCACUCACUUGCUUCGUUCCCAAAGGCAAUGAGAUAGCUAUCAAUUUGGAAGUAUAUUUGAAUAUUUUGGAAAACAAUUGCUGUCGCACACUACGAAGCUAUUGAGGGACACGCGGUUAGGGGCCGCAUGCUGCGUUAUUGGUCCUCUUAAAGAUGCCAAGUCAUUGGCCAUGUCUUUUGAUCCUGCUUGUUUUAAUCGUACUCCUGCUAGCUGUUGGCGGAUACUACACUAUUAUUCACCCGAAACAGAUUCACCUGGAAAGCUGUUAUGACAAAGGCGGAGCCUGCCGAGAAACGUGGAACUGCGAGGAGAGGUACCGCAGUCGCGUUCGCACCACGUGUAUCAACAAACGAAAGGUCUGCUGCAUGUCCACGCUCCAGAUAAAGAGCCUUCAGGAUGCCGAGUACUACGCCGAGUGAAGGUCCUUUGGAUUGGAGACUGCCCAAGUCUAAACAGCCGAACAUGCCACUUUUAUUGCACACCUUAUCUUGUAUUGAAUGUAUCAUUUCGUAGGCAAUUUAUUACAAUGGAAUAAUGAAGUUAUAUUAGUAUUCCGGACAAGGCGAUUCUAAAUUUUUAGUUAUCACUAAGGCGAUUUUCUAAAUUAGAUGGUGUGACAUUCUGUAUGAGCAUCUUUCAAAUCGUUUUUAUUACCCUUUAACUAUGUUUUGUACCUAAGAUAGUAAAAUUAUAUAUAUUCAUUACCUUUUUCACGUAUAACGUCAUGAAAAUUAAAGUCGGCUUGUUUUCUUCGCAGUGCCUACGUUGCCGCCACUCACAUUCACUUCAACGUCCAACUCGAUCCAAUUAUCUGGCCCACUAUCAGUUCCACUGGUCCAUCAAUUGAAUCGUUAUGCCUGCGAUAAGUUUAACAUUCUGUCUGGCCAGCAUCCUUUGGCCGUGCACCAUCCGUGAGUCCAUGCCCCGCCUCUCUGCUCCGGAAGGCCCUGGGCUAAUAUAGUGAGUUUGCUUUGCCAUUUUCCCCACCAAUAAUACUCGCAACUCAUUUGUCUGCUGGCCGGGACUGCUUAGCCGAAUCGCCAUCCCCAUUCCUAUCCCCAUUCCCAUCCCGAUGCCAAUCCAUUCCCACGGGGCACUCGACGAGCAACACUUGGCUUUGUCCCACACAAAUCCUCCGACACCCUCCUGCCACUUUUCCCAUCUCUAAUGAAGCGCAAAUGUUGAUGUAAAAAUUUAAUUUAGUUCGUAACCCAACGAUGCCACACACGCAGGUCCUUGCGACUUGGCUGGGAAAAUGGCUGGGGCGAAUGGAAUGUCCAAAUGUUUAUGCAUCGUGUGGCGAAACGCGUGUUUACCUUCUAAUGUGUGCGUGACAUGGACCCAUGGGUUAUAUAUGCGCGCACACACACAUGCAGUGAACAUUACGUAUACGCAGGGAUGUCCUUCGCUCCCUAUGCUGGCAACACAAAAAAUAAUAAUAAACGAUGCCACCACGUACAUGUAUUAAAAACAAAGCGCAGCACAGAAAACGCUGACAGGCCCUUUGCCUUGGGUUGCUCCAGCUCCAGUUUCAGCUCCAGCACCAG